AUGUGCACCGUUCCUUGCCCGUCAAGUUUCACACAGACUCAGCUGGUACAGUUGCGUCAACGCGAAACCAAAUGGCUUGAGGUUAUAUCAAAUUGGAAUCAAUGGAUGAGUCGAAAACCUCAUCAUCUCCGAGAACGGUGUCGUAAAGGAAUUCCGCCUGCUGUACGUCCCCGAGUGUGGCAAUAUCUCUGUGGCAGUCAUUGUUUGAAACAACAAAAUCCGGGAGAGUAUCAGCGAGAUAUCCAUCGACAAUUUCCCAACCAUGAAUUGUUUAAUACUUUUGGUGGCUGUGGGCAACAGGCGCUGUUUAAUGUUCUCAUGGCUUAUUGCUCCGUGCGCCCUGAAGUCGGGUACUGUCAGGCACAUGCACCGAUUGCCUCGGCUUUGCUCAUCCAUAUGCCGGAGGAAGAGGCCUUUUGGACGUUUCUCAGUAUCUGUGAUGAAUAUUUGCGGGGAUAUUUCGAUCAAGGUCUGGUAAGUCAACUCCGUGAUUUGAUUGGGGAUCACCUGAAUGCAUUGUUUCGAUCGUUAAAUUUAUAUUCUUACUUACUCCUAUUCCGUACAAUCAUUGUUUCCCUUAUAUUCAAGUUGAAGCAUUCCGUGGAACCGAUGUACUUCGCGAUUGAUUGGUUGAUGUGUUUACUUACACGCAACUUACCUUGGGCCACAGUUCUGAGGGUACUGGACAUGUUUUUCUUCGAAGGUAAGAAAUGCAAACUUGCUUCAUUCUAUUGUGGCCAAGAUAUCGAAAAAACAGUUUAUGAGAUACUUCAGAAGAAUUACCCCCGCACUGUACACCAAGUCGGGAACACAAGCAUCGAUAAAUCUCGCUCUCUCUCUCCCAUUGAGUGA